AUGGAUGACUUCCUUAUGCUUGAGGCACGUCUCGAACAGGCCAACCUUCUGAAGAAGGUCGUCGAAGCCAUCAAGGACCUUGUCCAAGAUUGCAACUUCGAAUGUAACGAUUCUGGUGUCGGCCUCCAGGCCAUGGACAACUCUCACGUCGCCCUCGUCUCCAUGUUGCUCAAGGCCGACUCCUUCUCCCCCUUCCGAUGCGAUCGCAACAUCGCCCUCGGUAUCAACCUUGUCUCUUUGCAAAAAGUCCUCCGUGCCGCCCAGGACAAGGACAUCCUGACCCUCAAGGCCGAGGACUCGCCCGAUGUCGUCAACCUCGUCUUCGAGAGCUCCGAGAGCGACAGAAUCAGCGAGUACGACAUCAAGUUGAUGGACAUUGACCAGGAGCACCUUGGCAUUCCCGACACCGACUACGCCGCUUCCAUCACUCUGCCCUCGGCUGAGCUCCAGCGCAUCUGCAGAGAUCUGUCGGCUCUCUCAGAGUCUGUCAACAUCGAGUGCACAAAAGAGGGCGUCAAGUUUGGCUGCACCGGCGACAUCGGUUCGGGAUCCGUCACUCUCCGCCAGCACGCCAACGUCGACAAGGAAGAGCUGAACGUCGACAUCCAGCUCUCGGAGCCCGUCUCGCUCACCUUCUCGCUCAAGUAUCUCGUCAACUUCUGCAAGGCUAGUGGUCUUUCGAGCAGAGUCAAGUUGUGCCUUUCCACCGAUGUGCCGCUCAUGGUCGAGUACUCGCUGGCAAACAACAGCUACCUCAGAUUCUACCUCGCUCCCAAGAUUGGCGACGAGGAGUAG